UCAACUGUAAUUCAAAACCAAGAAGGCCAGGGGUAGGGCGAAGCCUGGCAGAGCGAGACGUGUAUCCCCAAAGAAAGAAAGAAAAAUAACAGCCGUGCGUUGCGGACUUUUGAGGAAAGAUGAUCUGUAAGGUUUGACUCGACUGCUGUAUUUCAAGAUGAUUUUUCCAGUCAUGUGAACGGUUCAAAAUGGUCAGAUGUGAUGAAAGUCACAGACUGCAAAGGAGGCUGGUCAUGCGUUUGUGAACUCGAUCCUUCUGGAUGUAAAGGCCAUCAUAUUUACCACCACUGCAUAGUUCAGGUUAAUGGAAAACCAGAUCUGUAAAACAUGCAGAUGAGUCACACAGUCUGCAUGUGAACUGGAGAGUUCUCUGGAGAGCCCAUGUGGAAUUAAUGAACCCCAAUCUGCGGAGAGCCAGUUGCAACCAUGUCCCUUUCGACUGUGCUUGCGAAGGCACUUUUUGACAAUGCCGCUGAAAGCCCGGAGGAGUUGGCAUUCCGUAAAGGUGAUAUCCUGAUGGUUCUCGACCAGGAGCAGGAAGGUGGACCUGGAUGGUGGCUUUGUUCCCUCCAUGGACGGCAAGGCAUUGCCCCUGCCAACCGGCUACGCCUUCUUCAAACCAAUCAGACUCCCACUUCAAGCGCAGGUACAGAACCCCGAUGGGCUCCUAGUGUCGAUUCGGUCCAUGCAUCACCUAGCCAACAGAGCCGCGUAAAUGGACUGAGUAUUGAAGAUUCAGAUGGGGUAUAUCUCUCCCCACCCAGCUUGGCAGAAGGUGUGUACCAGAGCCCUGGGACCGCUCCUGCCGCAGUCAGGUCUGGGGAGUUACGCCACUCUGAUGGUGGGAGGCCACGAUCACAUUCUAGUUCUGGUUCCAGGCCUCGUCCAGACUGGGGGGAUAUGAGUGUGGCAGGGCGACCUCGCUCACCCUCUCUUAGAGGACGGGGUGGCGAGUCAGGGACGCUCUACCAGACACCCACCUCACCUGCACCACACAGAUCACAGGAUGCAUUGGCAUCAAAUUCGGUGUACCUGACUCCAAGUGCCGUUCCCAGGUCUGCAGCAGAAACAGCAGUGGAAGCGAGGUAUUUGACUUCGAGUGAUGCAGGGGCUGGACAUUCCGAUGGAUGCUACUUGGUGCCUAGGCCAGCUGUAACUGCGUUGACCAAUGAGAAUUUAUAUCAGACUCCUUCGAGUGGUGCCCCAGUAGCAGGACAGUGUGUACCAGGAAUGACUUCAAGACUUACAGAUGGAAUUACACCCAAGAGCACCUCUUCUCAAUGUAAGACUAGCCAGGAUGCACCAGGGAUGUACCAAACCCCAACCCCACCCGGAGGAACAAUAUUAAGGACUCCUCAUGCUGAGCCAAAACACCCCUCUGGAACUGUAGGAGUCUCUGCAGUCUCAACACCAGGACAGAACCUAAAGGAGACACCUCCUUCUUCCAGAGGAUCCCUGAAGCCUCAGGUUACUUCUUCAACUCCCCCUGUUGGUAGAGGAAAACUGCCCCAGGCUGGCAUGAGAGAAUCCCCUCUACUUGCCAGGACAGGAAAUUCUGGAGUACCAGGGUCUCCAAACUUUAGACGCAAACCCCCUCCGCCAGCACCACCAGUUAGAAGUGUAACCAGGAAGGAUUUAACUCCGUCUAGUCCGAUUCCAGCCACCAAACCUGUUCUCCAGGCAAAACCUGCACCCCCACCGACAAGCAUACUGGAAGAUGAGAGACAGGGACGUAAAAAUGGACAAACACAAGUGGACAAGAUGAAAAAAAACAGUGACACAGUGACCAAGAAGGAGUGUGCAAAUUCUCAUGAUGAGAAACUCAGUGAUGAGGUAUAUGAUACACCUCCCACCAAUAGGUGGCAACAUCCUGUUCCUGCGGUGCCUUCUGAGGAGGAGGAUGAUGGGAUCUAUAACACUCCUCGUGCUAUACCCCUACACACCGACCAGGCCUCUGAGAUAUAUGAUGUUCCCACUCUGGCCCUGAAUUCCUCUUCAGACCAUCAGCAGCAAACUUACAAUAUUCCAGGAUCACCUGCUGUGGGUAGAAAUGCAGAGGAUGAGGAUGUAUACAGUGUUCCCAGUCUCCCUGGUUUACCCUUGGAGGCAAGCGAGAUGCCAGGAUUGACUGCAGAAACUGCUGGAAAUGGAUGGGCCUAUUCCAUUUCCAGCCCCAGAAAGCAAGACUCAGUCUUUGAAGAUGUGUCAGAACCAGACGGAAGCAUCUACAACAUGCCUGCCCUCACUCUGGAUAUCCCAACACGCCGUUUGUCUGUAUCGAGCACUGGCUCUGCAGACAUCCAGUGGAAAGCCUCUCUUUCUGCAAUUGUCCAAUCUGCACUGACCUCCGCCUCUCUCCCCACCACCUCUUCCAGAGACCUGGCUGCUGCAUUAGCUGAGAUCCUCUCUGUCUGGAAGGCCGGCCAUGUUGGUGAUGUGCCUCCAGUUCUCCAGCAGGCGUGGUCCCGUCUCUCAGACCUACUUCCUGCUCUCUCUGUGUGCGGGACUGCCCCUCCAGCCAACGGCCUACUCCCGAUGGUCAGCUGUGCUCUUGAAGACUCCGCCUUACUUUUACAGAGUCAAACACGGCCCCGCCUGCCUUCCCAGGAGUCUCUGUCUCGGAGACCUCUGCCUGCUUUACCAGUGGCAGAAGUCAAACCGAUUGCAGGCGACAUGGGGUCACGGAAGGGCAGCUGGAUCCAGGAACGACCACUUCCGCCUCCACCACCAGCAGCCUUCCCAUUGCCCCCAACACAAGUCUUUUUAGCCCCUACCAUAGGAAGAGUGCAAGAUGAGGAACAAGGGAACGAGUAUGCAGGAAUCGGCCUAACUCCUACACCAGCACCUUCAUAUCCUGUAGGUGAUAGUGUGGGCUACGUCAAACUGCAGGGAAAACCUGAGCCUCCACCAGACACCCAAACAGAGCACAGUUCUUUACCGCUUAUCACCGCAACUGAUAAUAAAUUGAGUCCUUCUCCCCCUGCCCCGGUUUCUCAGUCUCUAGAGGAUUCAGAGCUUCUCUCGUUCUACUCAUCUCAAAGUCUCUCUCAUCUUUCUUGCCUUGCAAAUGCCAUCGACUCCCUGUUUACAAGCGUCCAAGUGAACCAGCCACCUCGAGUCUUUGUUUCCAGAGGGAAGAGUCUCAUUGUAACUGCACACAAACUUGUCUUCAUUGGGGAUACGCUUGCACGCCUUCUCAGCUCUUCAGACCUCAGGGCAAAGGUCACCACCUCCAGUGGACGCUUAUGUCAAGCUCUGAAGGCUGUUGUUGUGGCAACCAAGGGAGCAGCCCAGAAUUAUCCUUCAGUCCCUGCUACACAAGAAAUGGUGGACAGAGUAGCUGAACUGUCGCAGCAUGCAGCUGGAUUCUCUGGGCUUUUGCAGCGAUUAGCUGAGAUUUCUUGAUGCCAUUUGUGUUUUUUAUAACCUUUAUUCUUUAUCACAGUGGAAUGCCUUAUAAUUUUCAUUUUAUAUAUAUAUAUAUAUAUAUAUAUAUAUAUAUAUAUAUAUAUAUAUAUAUAUAUAUAUAUAUAUAUAUAUUUCUUUAUUGAUUAUGUUUGAGAAGGUAUUGAGAAAGUGUGUUAAUGCUUGUAUUGGUUCAUCAGUGAUAAAAUGCUGAUCCAUUGAUCAAAACAGUUAGUGGGGUUGUGUUUGAGUGUAUCAGCUUGUCUGUGUGGGUUUUGAAACUUUAGACUGGUGUUUUCUCUUUUUUUCAUAUUUUUUGUGGUGCCAAGCACAAUUUUUUUAAUAACUUAUUGAUAGAUGUUUUGUUUAAAGAUGUUUGCAACCUCAGGCACAUUUUCUAAUAGCUUUAUUUUGUUCCCUUAUCAUGUGAUCUCACCAUAGAGUUAUAACUGACGAUAACAGUGGUCCUCGGAAGAGAAAUUCUCCACUUAAAGGGAUGGUUACCGAAAAAUGAAAAUCGAAGCUCUAAAAAGCACCUACAGGCAGCAUAAAAGUAAUCCACAUGACUCCAGUGAUUAUCCAUAUCUUCUGAAGUGAUACAGUAUGAUAGGUUUGGGUGAGAAACAGAUCAAUAUUUAAGUCCUUUUUUUACUAGAAAUAUCCACCUUUGACCAGCCCUCGAUAUGCACGAAGAAUGUGAAACGCCAAAAAACAAAAGAAUAAAAAUGUGAAAGUGGAGAUUUAUAGUAAAAAAGGACUUAAAUAUUGAUCUGUUUCUCACCCACACCUAUCAUAUUGCUUCUGAAGACAUGGAUUAAAUCACUGGAGUUGUAUGGAUUACUUUUAUGCUACCUUUAUGUGCUUUUUGGGCCUUCAGAGUUCUGGUCACCAUUCACUUGCAUUAUGAGGGCCUACAGAGCUGAAAUAUUCUUCUAGAAAUCUUUGUUUGUGUUCAGCAGAAGAAAGAAAGACAUACACAUCUGAGAUGGCAUGAGGGUGAGUAAAUGAGGAGAGAAUUUUCAUUUUUGGGUGAACUGUUCCUUUAAAUACCCUCUUGUAAACUGAUUACCUGAUAAUUCUGUUUGUAAAUGUGAAAUGGCCUUGGUGAUAUAGAGAUAGAUGAAGUGACUGAUUGGACAGCCCAGGAGGUUGAAGUUUUGCGACCACCGUAACUAAAACAACAGGGCCAUUUGUUCAGAUAGGGCUAACCCACCGUAGUAGUGCAGUUACAGAAGUAGAAGGAAUUGUGAAGUACAAGAAAUUAAAUAAUUUAUUGAAUUUUUUAGGAGAGAUAUUAGAUUGAGUUCUUUCCCAUGACACUGAUUCAGAUAUAAACCUGUCUGUCAGGUUCACUCACCUUCUCCCUUUUUUACUUACACACUCUUUGUUUCUCUAACAGUUUUUCUUCUCGUAAUUCUCACACUCCCACAAUCAGAUUCUGCCAAGUUUCUUCUUGCAGAAAUAGUACUAUAUGGGGUUUUCAUUUUUAAAUAGGCUAUGCAGCAUUCCUGAAACAGCAAUAUAUACAGUAUCUACUAGCUUCUACUGUGGCAUUCAAAAUGCUGGUGCAUGCAAAGAUUCAACAGGAAUAGUUUAAUAUGCAGACAGGACUGCAAACUGCUUGGUUCUAACUAAUAUAGGCUUUGUGUAUCUUCACUGGAACAGUGCUUACACAGGUUGAAACAUGCACCUGUUCCCCUCCUGUCUUGAACAAUCAAGUCAGUGUCAUAAACACUCAUGUUUACAUGUCACCCUUAUAGCCUGCACCUCAGAGACCACUCCUGCAUAUAGUUAAACCCACAUCUCUUAUUUUUAUAUUCAGGAUUUACAUGUCAGCUGCCAAUGUAAUACUUUCAGUGUUAUUCUUGCUGUUCGACUUAGGUUCGAAAUUAGAUGUGUUAAUUUGUGAAAGGCAAAAAAUGGUAUGUGGAAUGACACCACAGAGAUGAGAAAGAGUCUACCCAGGGACAUUUGCACCAUUUUCAUAAUCUGGGCAAUUGUGUCUGGCUUUACAGUGAUCAUUAUCCAGAAAAAUAUCUCGCAAGUUAACAGGUCAGCCAUGCAAUUUCAAAGUUCACACCUCAAGUAGCCUUUCCCCCUUUUUUUUUUUUUUUUUUUUUAGGUAUGUACUGCUUACUUUAAAAAAAAAAAAGUCUUGUCUACUCUACCUUGUGGCCUUUUAAGUUUUACAUAUUUUGUCAGUCCUUUCACAAUGGUGUUUGAAAGUGGUGGAAUCUUCAGUUGAAUGCGUCGAAGCUGGUUUAUUCUAGUGCUAGUGUGUGUGAGUUGCCUCAAAGUGCCAUCUGGUGGGCUUUAUCAGUAUUAAUACAUAACUUGGUUAGGUUAAAGGGAUAGUUCACCCAAAAAUGAAAAUUCUCUCAUCAUUUACUCGCCCUCAUGUCAUCCCAGAUGUGUUUGACUUUCUUUCUGCAGCAGAACAUGAAUUAAGAUUUUUAGAAGAAUAUUUCAGCUCUGUGGGUCCAUGCAAUGCAAGUGAAUGUUUACCAAAACUUUGAAGCUCCAAAAAGCACAUACAGGCAGCAUAAAAGUAAUCCAUAUGACUUUAAUCCAUGUCUUCAGAAGUUUUUACUAUAAAUCUCCACUUUCACCAGCCAUCCUAUGCGAUCUUCUCUCCUUAAGAGUUAUUUUGUUUUUGGCGAUUUGCAUUCUUUGUGCAUAUCACCACCUACUGGGCAGGGAGGAGAAUUUAUAGAAAAAAAGGACUUAAAUAUUGAUCUGUUUCUCACUCACACCUAUCAUAUCACUUCUGAAGACAUGGAUUUAACAACUGUGGAUUAAUUUUGUGCUGCCUUUAUGUGCUUUUUGGAGCUUCAAAGAUCUGUCCACCAUUCACUUGCAUUGUAUGGACCUACAGAGAUGAAAUAUUCUUCUAGAAAUCUUUGGUUGUGCUCUGCAAAAGAAAGAAAGUCAUACACAUCUGGGAUUGCAUGAGGGGAAGUAAAUGAUGAGAGAAUUUUAUUUUUGAGUGAAAUAUCCCUUUAAAACAAGAACACAGAGCCCCUCAAAAGGUAGUUCAGAUUUUACUUUCAAACAUUUUCUGGUGGUCUAAGCCAAAUAAUGUUUGAAACAGCUCUCUUGUCCUACUGUACAAACACAAAUAGUUAUGUGGAUAUAAUCAUUGCAAUUAUAGUUCUUUCCUCAGCAUCCUUUUCUCUCUCAAGGCGGUAUAUUCAGUUCUUAAAUUAAGUGCUCACAGCAAUUCUUAGAUUUCACGGCCCUAUAUAGUUAUAUAUAUUUGAUUUUGUUAACCAAACGUCUGCUUGUCUUUAAGUUGCUUUUUAAAAGAUAUACAGUAUAUGCACAUAUAUCCAGGGAUGUUUUCAUGUAACUUUGCUUUAAUAAUUCAAAGUUUGCUCUAAGAAUGUGAUUUUUAUUUUUAUUUUUUAUUUGCCAUCAGAAUGUAUUUUUGACAUGCAUUUUUGUGCUUCUUUGCUAGUCCAUUUUUACAUUUUGUUUGUAAGAUGUGCCCCACAGGUACUUUGCAUAUAUGAAGUUCUUUGAAACUUGUCUUCAAAAUGACUUCAAAGAAAUUUUCAUUACAGAACACAGACAAUUAGUUGUGUUUUAAUGUUUUGUAAUGCUAAACACAACAUAUGUGCCCCUUGUUUCUAUGUUAAGAAUGUGUAGAAAAUUGAUCUGCGCAUCACUGUGUCUAUUUAUAAUAGACGCAUGUAAUGUCAGAUUGUUUUUGUACAGUACAAUACAGUCUGAAUGAUUCGGUA